UGAUUUACUGCAUAAAUCGACGUCGCGUCUAUAGUGUAUUCAAAAGCUCUGUGGAAGCUCAAUUAAUACCUACAAUCUAAGUAUUUGUCUGGCUGUUGACUGUACGCUAAUGUCAGUGUGGUUUGAGAGGGAAAGCUUACUCGUGAAGAUGAUAAAGCUGGUCAACAGAAGAAACUCGAAGACGCGUUCGGAGCAAAUCCACGAGAAAAGGAAAAGGAAACGACAGCGAGCGUCACACUCAACAUAUCUCUCCUGCAUUGAACCCAUGCCCACAAUCACGGAAGAGGAAGAAAUCGAGUUUACAGUGAUACGAUUCUGAACAGCACCUACUGCAGGCAACGAGAAUGAAUGUCUCAUGUGAACAUGUGAUCAAACGUCAUUCAGAGUGUAAUGGUUUAUUACUUGCAUGAGUGAUGCGCACCACAGUGCUUCACGUAGUGUCAGUGAAGCUGCGUCAUGUUGUCGACCCCACCUCUUUAAUCCUUGAACAUGUCAAGGAAUCCAGAGAGGUAACUGUUAGUUUUUUAUGCAUGCCUCUUGCUCCUUCCUGCUCAAUUGAGUUUUGCAAG